AUGGCGCGCGGCUCCCGGUGCCUGGCGGUGCAGGGCGUGGAGAUCGGCGCCUCGUCCCUGUUCCCUAAGCGGUCCGAGCCAGUGUCUGCCACAGAACCCAGGUGGAUUUGGCUCACGUGGACCAAUGACCCCGUCAACAUCGGCUUGAAUAGGACCCUGCUAUUUCAGGAGCCAGUGACAGCUGAGAACGUGGCCAUUUACUUCACCCAAACUGAAUGAGCCAGCCUGAACUCUGUACAGAGGGCCCAGUACAGGGAAGCGCGGAUGCUAGAGAAUUAUGCAAAUUCCCUGGCUUUUCCACUUACCAGACCUGUUCUGGGCUCCUGACUGGAGCAAGGAGAACCAGCAUGGGGGCUCAAUCCCAGGGAACCUGUGAACAGAGAGGCCCCAAGGUGAGUCAUGCCUGGGAGUAAGACCAGAACUGAGAAGGAAGAAUUAACUACAAAGGAACACAUUUCCAAAGAAACACCCCUGACAUCAGAAGGGCUACCAGGGAAUGUUUCCCAUCAUCUUGACUUUGGGAGCAGCCAAGAGCAGCUCCAAGGUUUCUGGAUAGUUAGGACAAUAAAGAGGAGAGAUUUCACAGAUGGGUCAACCAGGCAUCAUGAGACCUAUGCUAUCGAGAGAAGAGAGAAGUGUGAGAAAUCUGCGAAAAAUAUUAGUGUGAGCACACAGCUCACCAUGAAUCAGACAAUUCCUACUGCUGAGAUAUCUUAUGAAUGUGGAUGUGGCAGAUAUUUUAGUUAAAUGAUAGACUUCCACUGAUAUCAGAGGCAUUGCAUCAGUGACAGAUCUCUUGAAUGCCCAGAACAGGGAAAAGACUUCAGGUUUAACUCACUACUUACUCAGCAUCAAUUGAUUCACACUGGAAAGAAGCCAUUCAAAUGUAAAUGUGGGAGAGGGUUAAGUUCAGACAUGGUCUUGCUUUAGCACCAGAGGGAGAAGUCCUACAAGUGCAAGGAGUGAGGCAAGGCCUUCAGCAGCUGCUCGGUCUCCCUUUAGCACCUGAGGUUCCACACAGGUCAGAAGCUCUACAAAUGCAACCGAUGCUAAAAAACUUUCAGUUGUAGCUCAAGCUUCAUCCAUCAGUGAACACACACUGGGAAGAAGCCCUAGAAGUAUAAAAUGUGUGGGAAAUGCUUAAGCUCCAACACAGCCUUUACGCAUCAGCGCAUCCACACUGGAGAAAAGCCCUUUGGAUACAAGAAGUGUGGGAAGGCCUUCAGUCAGAAAAUAACCCUGGUUCAGCAUAAGCAAGUUCACACUGCUGAGAAACCUUAUGAGUGUAAGGUAUGUGGGAAAACCUUUGUCAUUUUGCAUCAGAAACUGCACUCUCAGAAGACACCUCUCCACCCCCAGAGCUCUGCAGUUUAG